AUGUCGCAAUGGUGGUCAGACCCGGAUCUGACCUCAUUUGGGGGAGGGUUGCGUAACCCUCGGCGCGUGACUCGGCAAGGCGGCACGCAGCAAAGGCGUGACACAGCAAGAGGCAAUGCAGCUGUUUGGAGCAAUGGACUCAACCACUCAUCAGUCAAGGACGCGUCCACUGAGGACAUGUCCACUUUCAAGUCUGGCAGUAGGGUCAACUGGCCACUAGUUGGUACGCGUCCAUACAAAGUUAAAAUGGGCCCAUCCUUGACAGGCUUCUUUCUGACGAUUGCUGUUGGCGCGCCGGCGAACGAGGGCUGUUCUGAGACCCAGAAAAAUGACUCAAGUGAAUCCAUCGGGUUCUGGCUGCUCAGGCAUGUCCAGAACGUCGACAUUCCUUUUGUUCCUGCUAUUGGCCCUCGCAUAUUCCUGCGUGACGAACUCGGUUUCAUAUUAUUCACUCCAGUGUCUGGCGGACAAGUUCUCCAAACUUGUCCACAAGUUCUGCAAAAUAUGUGGACAAGUUUGGAGAACUUCUCUGCCAGACACUGGCGUCAGAAAUGUGCAGAAAAGUUCUCCAGACUUGUCCACAAGACCCUGGUGCCAGUGACACUGUCCACUGAUCAACUGGGCAACGGCACAUGGUUCCUCAUCGUCAGCGUUAUUUUCCAACUGGCUGCCAGCAUCGGAUUUGCACUUGUGGCGAUUUGCGUGUUGAGAAUACUCGCUGAAAAUUUCCAGGACGACGUAAAAGGAACCAUGGUACUCGUGGCUGUCAGUCUUGGUACUGCGUACUUCGUUGGCCCUGCAGUGGCAGCUUUUAUGCACGCCAGUUCGGGGUUCAUGCUACCAAACGCUGUGCUGGGUUUGUUGACCCUCACGCUUGGCGCUUUUGUAUGGAGAGUCUUGAAAACCGUUGACACGCACACCUUGGCGCCAUCUGGAGGUUUGUGGAUCAUUGGCCUGAGCUGUCAAACGAAUGGGAGAGCCGCGGCUCUUGAUCCGAAGAUACCGAUAGUUAUGCGGAACAAAUUGACGUUUUUCCUUGCUCAUAACUCAGAUGACCCCUUUGAUGUCGACCCGCUGUUCUCGUCCCAGCUGAUGACGUUGGAUCUCUACUUGGUCGUAAUAUCGGCUGUCAUCUCCUUUUUCCAGAACAAUCUCGAGCCACAUCUCCGACCGAUGCUUACGGAUCACGGGAACGUGGGCUUGUUCUUCCUGAUCUCAGCCGCCACAUUUGUAUGCUUCGGCUUCUUUGUCAAGAAAUUAGUGGACACCACGGGCAGCAGGAACAGAGUGCUCAUCUGCGCUUUUGGAUUAGCUGUUCAAGCCAUCGGAUUCAUCCUCAUUGGUCCAGCUCCAAUGCUCGCCAUGAACAAAACGGUGUGGUUGAGCAUCGCAGCUGUUGUGCUCAUGGGUUUUGGAUUCGCAUUCUCGUUCAUUCCCACGUUCGCUCUGCUUUUCGACAUUGCCUUACCUGGAACCCGAACCAACAGCACUGCAGGCGGCGUUGAACGGGUGACGUAUGCGACAAGCAUUGCUGUUAUCUGGUUCGUGACGUUUUCAAUUGGAGAUUUUUUUGGAGCCAUUGUGGGUGGCUUUACAGUGGACACCUUCGGAUUCCCAGCCGCAUCCGUCACUGCAGCUUUGGUCCUGAUAUCAACGAGUGUGAUCCUGAGUGCCUUGAACUUUGCAAAUUGGGAACGGCGUCAAUCGUACGAGAACCUGGAAGCCGCCAUGGCUACAUCAGGGGACAAAUCAGAAGUCACCAUCAAAAAUAUUUAUCAAUCUACGUCUGCCGAUGACUUCUGGGUCGCUGCUUACACUGCAAGGCAAGUGUGAAUGAGCCACUCAAUCAAGGAACAAUUAUGAACGAAGAGCUUCUGCAGUCAUGAACUUUGCCUGCGGUCCUGUCGAACUUUCUGGUGGUGUGAGGUUGAUUCAGAUUUUGGUUGCCAAUGCGUUAUUCGCAAUUGCUUAUGGCUUUUUUUCGAAUACGACGAUGAUGAAGGUGGCUGGUCUGGGCAUGAGAAAUAAAGUGUUCUCACGGAGAC